UAAUAGUUGCAUUAGUAGAAAACUCGACCACCGUAAAUUUUGGUCGCGUAAAGUGGUUCAGUCGCGUCAACCUCAAAAGCAAUAACCAUCCCUUCAAAACUGCGCUGAGAAGAGGAAAAGAAAUUCUUACCUUUCGCGUAUAACAUGUUAUUUGACAUAAAUGGCAAAUUGGAAGGAGAAAGGAGUGGUUCCGGAUUCCGAUGAUGAGGAGGAAUUCGAUUCCCAAAGUACUAUUGAUCAUGAGAAACGAGAUAAUGCCGCCGACGACGAAUUUUACGAUAUUGACGAUGUCUUGGAAAGAAUUAAUGAUAGCCGACAUGAGGAGGAAAGAGCUUGUUCAAAUUCGAGGGACAUAGUUGAGGAGAUGAGAAUGUCUCAAGCUUCAUCCGUUGAUCUGAUUCAAUCCUUCGAUGUGGUAAAUGUCGUAUCUGUUGGUAGCCCCAAAGAACAAGCCGUGAGAGACUCUCUGGACAUGGUGAAGCAGGAUCAAAAACAACCUAUUGAAGAUGGAGUAAUUACCUCUUUGGGAGAGCCAGCCGCGGCCGCAGAAGCUGAUGAUAUUUCUACGAGCUGGAUUAGAGCUCUAUCCCCGGCAUCCAGUAUUCUAUCAUCGCCUCCACCGAGUCCAAUCCGUUCCUCUCCAGUUGUGCAGCUCCUCUCCUCCCCUGUGCAACGACCCAAACUUUCGACCCAUCCGGAUUGGAUACGCGAAGAGACCCCAGAACAAUUGCAUCCAGCUUUUGACCAUUCCAACAGCGUGCCGAAAAGGCAAUUCCGGGAAAGGAAGCCUGUACAAAUACAUCCAUUUCUGUUAGAGCAACAAAGGUACGAGCAAAGGAUGAAAGCCUCACAUAUCAAGCCCGUACGUAUUGGAUUAAGCCAAGAGGAAAAAAAUCGAAGGAGGCGAGUCGCACAUGGUCAGGAAGUGUGGGAUAAGGAUUUUCAAGAUCCAGAAGAGGCAGAAGAAGCAGAAACGGGUGUUAUGGAGGAAAGUCAGCCCAUGACUUCGAACGCAGGUUAUCCAUCACAGUCUACAUCGGCAGAUACCGUACGGGAAACUAUAAUCAACCCAGAAGAUUCUACAUUGAGGGAAGAUGAAGACGAUAGUGACCAGGAAUUUCCUGACCUCCCUGAGCUGUUCAAACAGGAUUCAAAUCUAGUAAAGACCAAGCAGAAGAAGUCAUCAAAGAAGUACUCGACUAAAAACCGACUGAGAUUGACAUCUGAAGCUCAGCAUGCGAAUAAAGGGCCGACCUUUGACAUAUAUGAUUUUUCUGGCUCAUCCCCCACUGCUUUUCCUUCCAUACGCUCAGGCAAUGCACAGGAAACUAUUUCUCGUGUAGCCUCUACUCCUUCUUCGGCUAUUUCGACUCCUGUUUGGCAAGACCAGAGCUCUCCACAUUUUCGCCGUUCAAUGGAAGUGCAGACGCCAAUUACGAGUGCUAUCAAGGCAUCUUCAUAUGCAUCACCUACAAAGAUAAUAUUGGAUGAGGACGAUCCGUUUGCCGAUCCAAUAGUAAUUCCUUCCUCACCAUCUGCCUCUUCGUCGUUAUCAUCAUCGGAAGAGGAGGACGAAAUGGUACUGUUGAAGAAAAGAAUGAAACAUGUACUGCCAGCGUCUCACUUAAGGCUUGAUCAAAAAAGAAAAGAGAUACGAGGUCAUAAAUCCCGAGCUAGGAGGAACCUAAAGCCUAACGAGAAACGUGCUGGUGUUGCUCUCCCCCUGGUGCGAGGGACCAAACCGAACACCUCCACACAGACUGUGGACCGACUUGCAUUCUUAGAAUCUGACGAAAGCGAUGAGCCUGAUGAGAACAAUUUUGCUGGGUUUCCUAUGGAUACUGAUGGACGAACCGAAGCUCCUAGCCUAUUUCAAGAAUCGGAUUUGGCAUUUGCUAUCGAAGAUGACCGCAUUGAUGGUAUGCUGCCAACCCCAAGUCGCAAACGCAGAGCCAAGAACUCAUUCAACCAGCCAAAUUCUAAACGCCUAAUGACAUCUUCUUAUUCCGGUGGGAGACAACAACUGCAUUCAUACCAACCGAGGAUCACUUCACACCUCACAUCUACAGCCACAACUGUCCGCAAAUCCACUAAACCCAAACAGAAGCGGCGGAAGCGGCUGCCUCCCAAGCUUAGUAUAAUAGACGUCGCUCAAGAUUCUGGUUAUUUUGAGCUAAAUGCCCCGGCAUUUCUUAAGGUUGCCGCUCGUAGCGCAAGAUCGCGAAAGGAACUUGGGCGUCAAAGUCCCACCGGGAAGUUUAUCAGGCUUGCCACUCGUGAAGACACUGCUGAUGCCCAGGCAGUCCUGCAAGAUUGGCGCAACCGCAAAAUUCAGCCUAGGAAUGUUUCAUAUGUAUCAAGAUCUGGAAAUGCUAGCAAUUCGUAUCCGCUCAGCCAAAUCUCUGUUAACCAGCAAACGAAGCUUCCUCCACCAAUCACGAAACUAAAAACGAGCCUACACAAAGCUCAGCCAAAUGCUGUGUAUAUUAAUACAAGGAAUAUUCGCCUACCCAGAGUAAAACAGCUUUCGAUGAAUGAAUUUGUGGAGAAUAGGCAUGACGGACCAGAAGAGCCUCCAUCAAAAAAUGUGGGAACAGUCAAUACCAAAAGCAAACCGAGGACACGAACGGAUCCGUACUUUACAGGCCCGACGGCACGAUCGGCACAACUUGAAGCAAAGCAAUUUCCUAUCAACACUUUAGAACCGAGGAAGAAGACUCUUGAUGCUCUUUUCCGCAUGGGUCGCUGUCAGCCUUUACAGAGGGGAAAUCUUCAACUGAGCCGCUUCUUGGCCGAUGACGAUGUCGUAUAUCCUUCAAUUGAGUCAUAUCUCUCCAACGAGAACAAUGAUUUGAUGCCAACUAGUGCUGCACAGAAAGUUAACAAUCAAAAUCGACGUCGGAAGCGGGUCCCUCAACAUGUAGACGCAGGUGCAGCUAUCUACCGCCAGCCUAGUGAGCCACUUAUUUUGGAUUUUUCGACGCCCUCGCUGGGUGAAGUAGGCAUAGAUCAUGGGAAGCUUUUUGGCCUUGGGAAAUUUGGCACAAGGUAUCCUCAUCACUUUGACGUUUUCCCACUACAGACAGGGAUAUAUUUCCAUGAAACGACCUUUAUUGGUAGCGGGCGCCUUGCAAAUAUGUUGAGUCAUUCAGACCUCAUCUCUUUUGAUGAUAACCGGCCUGCGACCUCACUCCAGUUAGGAGACAGAGUCUUUGUGUGGGAAACCUGGAAUGAGAUUGUCUCCGAGCAAAUGGGUGUUUGCGUUGACUGGCUUACAGAACAAUUGACUGAUAAAUCCAAGAUAUCGGAUAAGCCUGAUUUGGUCGCGACGACCAAUCUUAUUUUAGAUUAUGUACAGCAUAGUAUAACCUUCUCAAGUUCCAAGUUAAGGGGCGACUUUUUACUCCGAAUGUUGGAGAUACUAGAGGAUUUCUCGUCUCGUCUUAAUGUUUGUCGAGGCUCUAUAUAUUACGUUUACAACCGGCAAACGACUGAAGUCACAACUAGGCUGAUGGUGCUCUCCCUUCGAUUACUUCGUAUGUCUCGGAUUGCUGCACAUGUUUCGGCUCUUCGCCUAGAAGAAGUUCUGCAAAAAUUGGCAGGCUCUUGCAUCAGCCUCUUGAUAUCGGAAGGCUUAGAGACGGUGAGGAAAAUGUACGAUGACUUACAAUACCUGUCAGUGAGAGAGAAUGGCAUAAGAAAUGAUCGUUAUCUUGCUGAAUCCUGGGUCAUCAUCAUUCAUGUUUUAGGGGCUGCAAAGAUUCCUCGCGCUUCGUUCUGGGAUGUAGUAAACAUACAAUUAGGUGCGAAAAGCAUAGGUUCGUCACAGGAUGUUAAUGAGAUGGAAAAGCUAUGGUUCUUCAUGUUCUCUCUCCUGCCACUUUUUGAGUUUGAUGAACAUGGUCACAUUCCAUCAGCUUCACGGCAGGAACUUGGGUUUGAUAACUGGUCACUUGCACAACAACUUAUCAAAAGAGUGUUUGCACUUUAUGCGACUAAUACUAGACAAUCAGCAAGCUUCAAUAAUUACUGCAGAGCAAUUGUAAGUCGAUGUCAUUAUCUAAUGUCAAAGUGGGGCUGGUGGAGGUGUAGUGGGAUAGUUGGAGCUCUGUUUGAUUGCUUCGCCUUACAAAAGCUCGCAAAUUUGCGGAAUGAAGAAGUUCACAAAUCGCCUCAAUUCUUAGAGGAUUUGAACACAGAGUCUCCAUUAGACGUUGAACCGGAAGAUCGGUGCUUUCAUAUUUUUCUCAAAAUUGUGGCCAUCGCUAUUAGGCAUCAGCGUGCAGUGGGCAACACCAAAGGUAUUCGAAAUUUAGUUGCUCGAAUUUUGCCAAAUCAUGAUCGUCAAUUUCCAAAGGAGGAGGCGAUCUUUCAUCGUGAUCUUGCCUCCUUGCGCAAUCAUCAUGAUCUUCUAUGCACAGUAUACUGGGCUGCUCCGUCAGGUUACGGGCCACCCAUCACUUCAUUGCAGAAGCUUGUUUCGGCAGCUCGCUCACAUAACGAAGCCUUUUUGAUAAAUCUGAGGGCUUGGGAACGACUUGCUCGGUUUACCUUGUCUAGCAUUCCUUCCAGUUUCCCCGUCGAUUCAUAUAAACCAUUUAUUACUUGGCAGGAUUCUUUUUUUAAUAGUCUUCUCGGAGAGUACGUGGAACUAACUCAAGUACGGCGGCAACUGCAAAUUCAAUCUGACGGUGCCUUCCAAACAGACGUUGACUGUAAUCGAAGGAGCACCAUGUCCUGUAUUCAAGCCGUGGCGAGAUCGAUGAUGGAAACAUUGAAAUGUUCAAAUCGAACGACUUUGAAGCAUGCCAUAAAUCUAGGUAAGUUAAGGAUAGCAGUGACAGAUUCAUUUGCUAAUUGAUAUUUAGACAUGAUUGUAAAAAUGUUUUCUACAGGCUCUUCAAAUGACAAAAUCGAUCAAGAAUUGACAUCAUCUGCAAUUGAGAUUCUUACUUGUUACCUGCACCAACUUCAUGACGCGGAACCAGAGACCAAGCUGGAAGCAAGCCCCGAUGAAGAUGAUGAAUUUGACAGCCAGGGCUUGGAGUCUGAUCCCGAUUGGGCGAAAGAAAUGCAGUUUAUGGACGAUUAUAUUAACGUAUGUUCUAUUCCCUUCGUAUUCACUGCUUUGCAAGGCUAACCUUCCAAGCCACUCGAUCGUGCAAUCACGUCUAUCUUUCAAGACUCAGUUCGAAAAAUAUUGCAUGACGGGCCGUUCCCACUAGGUGUUACAACGAACUACUUCUUUUUAGAGCGAUUAACCAGGUGCUGGGCGCAGCUCAUCUCCGUUUUCAUGAGGUUUGGCCUUUAUGUAUGCAUUGUCAAAGCUCUCACCUCCAAGUGUUUUCUGCUAAUGAUCGCAUUAGUCCCCAAAUGUCUUUCUCGCUGCAGGUGUCAACGCUGUUUUCAAGCAUCGAGAGCAAUCGCAUUGCACACUUGUAGCCUGGCCACUGUUUCUCAGUGAAUUACUUGAGCACACAGAAUCAUUACAAUCUGACGUAAAGACUCCUGGUUCUCAAUUACACUCUGAAUUCGACUAAUAUUCGGUAGUUUCCCGGUUUCGAUAUUGGAUCAGAAUGGAUGAUAGCUAUUUCCAAGCCACAACAUGAGCUUCGUUGGGAAAAUGCCUUGACUUGUCAAUUACUCAAAAAAGGGCAUUUUCUCCUUGCCGGCGAAAUCAUGGAGGGUUCAUGUCUAGAGUCCUUCCGGCAAGGGGCAACUUCAGUCACAAAGAAUCAACAACUCAUCAAAAGUAAGCUCCUUGAAUAUAUGACUAGAUUGCGUUAACCGGAUUAGAUGGUAUCAUUAGGAUGCAGAGGAUUUUUUCCGACAAGGCACUACUGGCCUCCACAUUUGGUAAUGUGAGCAGCGAGACGGUCAGGACCAAAUUCUCGGGCAUUUUGAAUUCUACUAUGCUUUCAAUGCAGCAUCAUCUGCAAAAUUUUCAAAAUACCAACAAUGUCGCACAUGAAGCCUAUGUGAGCUUUGUGCAAGAAAUCGUUUCGCAGAUACGCUCCCAUUGCAGCGAUAUUUGUCCACCACCAGAGUUCUUCUUCCGCCGUUCCUUUGCGUACUGGCCCCCAGAGACGGACCCUACGCUUUACCUCGCAGGUUUGAUAUCAUAUACGCUGCAAUUGUCUUCACAACAGGAAAAAGCACGGAAUGGAUUGAUCUAUUAUCUUUGGAAUGGAUUGAGAAGUUCUUUGUCAGGUACCCAUGCUCUCCAUAGCUACAUCAAACGGAUUUCGAAGGGUGCACGGCACAUUCACCUCUUGAAAUUUUUAUUGACUGACAUUGUACCUUCCACACUGGAAGUCGCAUUUGGCAAAGAAGCUGGCUCCCUCGCAUGCGAAGUCUACCUUGUAGCAGUGUCUAAAGCCUUCGAAAGUCUCGUAUUAAGUGGACAGUCAGUCGAGGAGCUCGUGGUUCAUAUGAAAGUUCUGCUACAACAUAUGUUCAACAAUCUUGGUAUUCAUUACGGUAGAUUCGGUCACAGUAUCGAAGCUGUACACCCGAGUCACCAAGGUAUCAUUACUGUCAUCUUUCGCUUUUGGAGAGCCUGCAGGCCACACUUGUACAAUCUAAACACUGGCCCUGGAAGUGGCGUAGGUGAGAUAUUUCAAUGCUUCGAUGGUUUUGUUGAGGCGGCAAUAGUCUGCUUCGAAAACGAUCAAGAUAUCAACUUUCAAUUCAAACACUUCGACAUCGGAAAGGUAGGAAACGACGUUGCUAUGGAAGAAAUGGCUCGUGAGGUGCAAAGUAACUGGAGGAUUAACAAGGCGGAUGGAGGAGUAGACGUGAGAACGAAUGAUGGUACGAUCGUUAAUCAUUGCUUUACCAACGGACCUCGAGAUCUACGUGAGGUUCUUGAAGGUAUAUUUUCUUCGGAAAGUUUUGAUGUCAGAAAGACCGGAGCUUCGUUGGAUUGCUACUUUUGAAUAGCUACAUAAACCGAUAGACAAAUGAAAUAUUAUUAUUAUAGAUUUGUGUUUGGUCUUAUUUG